AAAGCCGGGUGGUGGGAUCCGAGGCGAGGUCGUGUCCAUGCCGGGCUGCGGCUCCGGCGCGCCGUGAUUAUGGAGCUCAGCUCUGACUACAUCCGGGAGAAGUUGAGGCAGCAUCUGGAAGCAGAGCAUGUGGAGGUGGAGGACACGACUGUCAACCGUUGCGCGACCAGCUUCCGAGUCCUGGUGGUGUCGGCCAAGUUCGAGGGAAAACCACUGCUCCAGAGACACCGGCUGGUGAAUGAGUGCUUAGCCGAAGAGCUCCGCCACAUCCAUGCCUUUGAGCAGAAAACUCUGACCCCAGAACAGUGGACCCAGAACAGUGAACGUCGGAAAUGUGGGGCCCAGGCCUGAACAGCCAUUAAAUUGUAAAUCUGG